GUCUCUCGCGACCGUAACGCACAGUCUUCGCCCUCUUGUCUCGUUCUCUCAGUCUGCAAACGCCCCUCCGUCUCCCGACUCUGGCGGCUGCUUGCCACCCGAUCGGCUGCUUCUCGGAGCCCUCUGGGGCUCCUCGUCUUCGAUCAGGUCUCCGGAUUUUGGUCGAUUUUGGCAAAAAAAGUGCUGAGAUCUCUUGAAAAGAUUGGAUUUUGGAGACAUGUCGGGAGCUCCUAAAGUCCGUUCCCUCAAUGUCAGCGAUUCUGAGGCAAGGCCCGUCCUUGUGCCCGGUGGGAACAAGGCCAGAUCAAUGGCGACUGCUCGGAAACCAGCUUCGAAGCCUCCGAGUAAAACUGAGAGCACAGAGAUUGUAGCAGCUGAGGGGAAAAAGAAGGCUUCGAGUCCUUCAGCUGACCUGCCACAUUUUAGAUCUAGUUUCAGUGCUCCCUCGGUGAUUAGGAGGCAUGAGAUGCUGCUGCAGUCUAACCUGUCGCUCAAUGCUUCUUGCUCCUCUGAUGCAUCAACGGAUUCAUUUUGCAGCCGAGCCUCCAUAGGAAAAAUUGGCAGGACAAGCUUAACCAACAAACGGAGGCAGAGCACUCCAAGGAUUGGCAAGACUCUGGACAAGGCAGAAAAGAAUGUUUCAGAUGAUUCAGCCGUACCUCCACCAGAAGUUGUGCAGGGAAAGAAGAAGUGUGCAUGGGUGACACCCAAUACAGAGCCAUGUUAUGCUUCUUUUCAUGAUGAAGAAUGGGGAAUUCCUGUCCAUGAUGAUAGGAAAUUAUUUGAACUUCUUGUACUAUCAGGUGCAUUAGCUGAGCUUACAUGGCCCGUUAUCCUCAGCAAAAGGCACAUUUUUAGGGAAGUUUUUCUGGACUUCGACCCUGAUGCAGUCUCCAAAUUGAAUGAGAAGAAGAUUUUAGUGCCUGGAAGCACUUCUAGCUCCCUUUUGUCAGAGCCAAAGCUCCGAGCCAUCAUUGAGAAUGCACGCCAGAUACUCAAGAUAACAGAUGAGUUUGGAUCAUUCGAUAAAUACUGCUGGAGCUUUGUGAACUACAAACCCAUUGUCAGCAAAUUUCGCUAUCCACGUCAGGUUCCCGUGAAGACCCCAAAAGCAGAUGUCAUCAGCAAAGACCUCGUUAAAAGGGGUUUUCGCAGCGUGGGUCCGACAGUCAUAUACUCCUUCAUGCAGUCUUCCGGACUGACGAAUGACCACCUCAUCAGCUGCUUCCGGUUCCAGGAGUGUGUAGCAGCUGCGUCAUCAAGCGCAGAUGAGGCAAAUGAUGCCAAGAGAAAUAUUAACACCAAAGUAGAAGAGAAAACCGAUACAGGUCAGGAACUGACAGUAGGAAUUGAUUUGGAAUUAUCAAGAGCUAUGGAUGAGUAGAACAUUUCCUAGUUGUUUUAGAUGGGUGAGUUAUCUUAUGUGCACCAUUCAUACUGCUUCUGCUGGGUUACCCCUUGCAGAAGUGAAGGUAGAAGCUCUUUGUAAAUAAAAUGUUUGUGAAAUUAAUGCACUCCUUGGUUUGUAAAUCA